CAUUGAAAUGCAUGGCCUUAGGAUGCAGUCUGUCGAAAAAUAGACAAAGAAGAUCUGGCAGCGGAGUAAGAGGAGGACGGUGCAUCGUGUAAACAGAAGAAAAAAAUGGCAGUCUGUCUGCAAACAGCUGUUUUUGUUUAGUCGUGUGUUUUUUUUCUAAUACUCCAGCUGUUACAAUAAUGUGAUAUUCAGUCAUGGCUGAAGAACAAGCAGCAGAAAUCCGCCUACUCAGAAGCCAGAAGGUCAAGCUUAUAGACAUUCUCAGUGCCGAUGCCGAUUUUGUCCUGCAGCAUGCAGACUCUUGCUGUCUGCUGUCUGCUCACGGCUACCAGCAGGUAAAAGCUUGCCGUGUUCCUAGUGAGAAGGUGACAGACCUGCUGGAUCACAUCAUCCAGAGAGGUCCUGAAGCAGCACGGGGUCUGCUGGAACUUCUGAACGACCAGGCCCUGCAGGAAACCUUCCCAAGGCUUCACUUCAUUAAGGACCUGCAAGUCAACACACUGUCUUCAGGUAAAACAUCAAGCAAGAGAGAAACAGCUUCUGACUUACAAGAGACCAUUCCUUCCAAAAAGAUCUACACCAAAGGGUCUCGCUUAGUUAAGGAGAAGCAGCUGAUGACCGUGGCUCGUACCAUUGGCGGAUCUUGGAGGGAGAUUGGCAGACUGGCUCUGGACAUCCCCUCCGUAAAGCUGGAACAGAUUGCAGAGGACCAUUCGCUCCAUGUAGAGCGAGUGUUUGCAAUGCUGCGAUACUGGAGCACUUGCCAGAGGGAAAAAGCCACUGCUGCUCACCUGCACUCACUGCUCAGUCAGGAAGACUGGGCGUUGCCCCCUGAAAGCAUUGAUUCUCUGUUGGAGACUGACUGAGGCCGUCACUCUCUGGUACUUGCUGGGACUGAAACCCUGUUUUUUUUACUCGGAAUUAUUGUUUUUUUUAACAAAUAGACUUUUAUUUCAUAUCAGG